AUGAACGCUUUCCGCUGUCUGCGACCCGUCGCCCGAGUUCCUUUCCAGUCCUCGACGCUACCUCGCAUCACUCGCUGCUAUAGCUCCAAGACCUACGAGUACAUCCAAACUUCAACGCCCAGGCCAGGGGUCGGUCAAGUGACUCUGAACCGCCCAAAGGCCCUCAACGCCCUCUGCACUCCCCUUAUUACCGAGCUAAACGAAGCGCUCAACGAAUUCAAUGCCUCGGAAGAAACCAACGUCAUUGUCCUGACCGGCUCUGAAAAGGCCUUUGCCGCGGGUGCCGACAUCAAGGAAAUGGCCCCCCUCACCUUCUCCGAAGCCUACACCAAGUCCUUUAUCGAGUCCUGGUCUCUAUUGACCACCCAGAUUAAGAAACCCAUUAUUGCUGCCGUUUCUGGCCACGCUCUCGGCGGUGGCUGCGAGCUUGCCAUGAUGUGCGACCUCAUCUACUGCACCGAAAAGGCCAACUUUGGUCAGCCCGAGAUCAAGCUCGGCACGAUUCCCGGGGGCGGUGGCAGCCAACGUCUUACCCGCGCCAUCGGCAAGGCCAAGGCCAUGGAGCUGAUCCUCUCCGGCCGCUCCUUCUCCGGUGUCGACGCCGAACGAUGGGGUGUAGCUGCUCGCGCGUUCCCUACUUACGAGGCCCUGGUGGAGGAGACGCUCAAGCUCGCCGAGACUAUCGCUAGCUACUCCAAGGUUGCCGUCCAGGCCGGCAAGGAAGUCGUUAACAAGAGCCAGGAUCUUCCUCUGCGCGAUGGUGUUGAGUUUGAGCGCCGCGUCUUCCACAGCCUGUUUGGUAGCCAAGAUCAGAAGAUUGGCAUGAAAGCCUUUGCUGAGAAGAAGAAGCCCGAGUGGUCGCAUUCCUAG